AAGUUGCUCCGUUCAGUUUGUUGUUCGUGAGUCUACAACCACAAUAUACUGUAUAAGCUAUUUAACGACGAUUUAGUGUAUUGAAUUUGAAGAUAUCUUGGGAUUUGCUAUUGUGCGAUUUUGCAUCACCACUUUUUCUUCUUGCAUGGGAGAUGAGGAACCAUUCCUGAGUUCAAUGACAGGGAAUGACUGACAUCUGUUGUGUGCGUGUGGGCUGAAAACAAAGGCCAGUGAUGGAAGAUCUGAAGCGGACUUACCUGCAUCGGUGUAAGGAGGCGCAGCUGGAGCCACAGGAGACCGUGUUGGUUCGGCUACAGCAGUGCAGAGGCUCUCAGUGCUGCUGUCUGGACUUAAGUGGGCAGAAUCUGUCUGCCGAGACCUGCUCGGUCCUUGCCCUCACGCUACAGGACCACACAAUGUUCUCAGAAAUCAAGCUGAAUGAUUGCAUGCUCAGUGAAGAAGGAGCCAAAGCAUUCCUAACUGGUCUGUUCGACAAUCUAACCAUUAAAGUCCUGGACUUAAAGGGGAACAACCUCAAGUCCACAGGUGGUGAGAUGUUGGGGCAGUUAUUGUCACACAACAAGACUCUACAGAGGCUGGUGUUGGAGUGGAACGCUCUUGGAGUUUGGCCGGAGUCCUUCUCUCUCUUCUGUGACGGCUUGGCUUCUAACACUGGACUCAAACACCUGGAUCUGCGCAACAACCAGAUCAAUCACGCUGGAGUGGCAGAACUUGCGCGAGCGCUAAGAAGAAACUGCUGCCUGGAAGUUCUGGACCUGAGGUGGAACAACAUCGGUCUUCUCGGUGGGCGGGUCCUCCUGGAAGCUGUGCAGAAGAACACAACAAUAUUGCAGCUGGAGUUGGCUGGAAACAACAUUCCCAGCGACACUCUCAAAGCUAUUGAGCAGACAACAGGACGCAACUCUGACAGGCAUGCGACCAUGAGGCAAAGUCAAAACAAGACACGGGUUCUUACUGCUGAGAUUCAGAAUCUGAAGCAGGACAAAGAUCGGCAGCUGCAAAGCUUGAUGGAAACGAUAGACAGGCAGAGGGAGGAGAUGGGGUCCUCCAGCAGGUCCACUUCCUUCCAGAUUGGUCAACUCCACGAGGCUUUGAACGAGAGAAAAUCGGCAGUGAAGUCUUUAACUGCCAAAGUGCAGAUGCUGGAGGCCGCCCUCGCCUUGUGUGAGCAGAAGAACCACAACCUGGGUGAGAUGGUCUCACAGUCUAAUUCUGUCAGGGAUGAAGAAAGAGAAAGAUGGAACAGAGAGAAGAAAACACUGAAGGAGAGCAGCUUUGCUCGAGAUGAAAAGCUUCAUAGGGAAAUCCAGAACUUGACAGAGACCAACAAUCAACUCAGGAAUAAGGUGGAGGAGAUGGAGCGCAGGUGCAAAUCUAGUCAGCAGCAAGUCUUUGAGCUGAAGCAGGAACUGACCAACAGCACUGCUGAGCUCAAGCUGCGGCUGGCACAAGCAGAAGACCGGCUGGAUCUAGAGAAGCACAGAUCUAAACAAGCGCUUGAGGAAAUGAGGACUUUGAGGCAGAAAGAGGUGGAACAUGUAACUAAGCAUCUUGAAGAAAGUGAACGAGUGUUUCAGGAGCGCCUCCUCAAACUGGAGGCACAACGAGUGCAGCUGGAAGAGGAGCUGAGUCGAGUGAAGGCAGCGUGUGUGACAGAGAGAGCUCAGGCGGAGGAGGAUUUGGCUCGACUUCGAACACAGAUGCGCCUGGAAGAGCAAGAGAACAUGUCAUCCAUGGAGGAGAAGCUUCGCUCAGCACGGGCUUCUCUUCAGGAGGUGCAGCUUCACUCUUCUCAACAGAAGCACACCAUCUCUGAGCUAAAGGCUAAGAACAGUCAGCUGACCAUGGAAACCAGUGGCCUGCAGAGAAGAAUCGAAGAGCUCCAGAAGGAGGUGCUGGGCAAAGACCAGGAGAGGGUUGCUGAGGUCAGCAAGGUCAAAGUGGAGCUGCAGGAGCAGAUGGGUCACCUGCAGGCUGAAAGGACCUCACAGGCAGGACUGAGGGAGAAGAUCAGCGCUCUUGAGAGAGAGAUGAAAGUGCUGAGUGGUAACCACCGGGAGGCGCUCCUCGACAAAGAGAGCGAGCUGGCCUCUUACAAAGAGAAGCUGAGGCUGAAAGAGGCUGAGAUGGAAAGGAUGAGGGAGGAUGAGGCCCACAGAGCCACCUGCCUGCAGAACGCCAUCCUCGCCUAUGUUCAGGGCUCACCUCUCUCAAACUAUGGCAGUCCCAAGAAAUGACUCCUGCAGUGUCCUCCUCCUUUCCCCGACACUGAUCUGGAGAUAUUCUGAAUGGAGAUCGUACAAUUACCCCCCGUGUGUUUUGAGUGUAAGAACAAUUGGUCCAAUUUCAGUGUUGUUCAGCAGCCAGACGUCCACAUUUAUUGAGAUGAUUCCAUACUGUGAUUCAAUGUACUCUUUACAAAUGUCGCCAAACAGGCUGUCACCAAGUUGCUCUGUUAUAAAGCACAAAAAUGGCUCACUGUGCAUUGAUAUUAAAAUCAUUUUUUAACUCAC